AUUUGUUUUGACUUCUUCCUUUGCGCACACUUCGCUGUACGAUUUUUGACAGUUCUUAUGACGUUUCAAUGACGUUUGGCGAAAAAUCAUUAUUUUUAGUCGAUUUUAAAUUCUUGUUUGUGUUCUUUAAUAUUAAUAUUUUUAAGUUUUACGUAGAAGAGUAUAUGCCUAAUAGUAAAAAAUGGCUUGUAGAAUUGGAUUUGGAAAGUGUUGCCUGGAUUAUACGUGGGAAAUUACAGGGACUCGAAGGACGUACAACAAUUGGAUAAAUUUCAAAUAACGCAUAUAGUAGCCAUACAUGACAGUCCUAGGCGAUUGCUGCCAGACAAACAUUAUUUGUGCGUCAUGGCGGCAGAUACACCGGAUCAGAAUUUGUCACAAUAUUUUUCAGUUUGUAAUGAUUUUAUACAUGCAGCACGUUUACGUGAAGGCAAUGUACUUAUACAUUGCUUGGCGGGCAUGUCUCGUUCGGUAACAGUUGCUGUUGCAUACAUAAUGACCGCAACAAAUUUAACUUGGAAGGAAGCUUUAAAAGUAGUUAGAGCUGGACGCGCGAUUGCAAAUCCAAAUACUGGUUUUCAAGCACAAUUAAAUGAAUUUGAAGCGUUUCGCUUGAUUGAGGAGAGGCGUCGUCUGCGUGAACGUUUUCCAUCACUGGCACUUGAACAAUUGGAUUAUAGCAAGUGUGUAGAUGCAUUAGAAUUACAUGAUACUUUGUUAAAAAAGAAGGACAUUUGUGAAGGAAAUUGUGCACGCAGUGAAAAAUGUCCAACAGGUGUUUGUAAUAUGGACCCCGCUAAAGGUCUUUUUCGACGUAGACCGUCCUCUGCAUCGACGCGUUCACGUCUACUAACACAAUCAUCUUCAACUACUUCUACCACCGCUGCUGGUUUAACUGGCUUAGCAGCCAGCGUACAAUCGUGUCCGACCUCACCGAAUCACUCACCGGCAAUACGACUUUCUCUGGGCGAACAAAAAAUACCUGAAGAUGAAGAAACUAAUUUAAGUCCAACGACUUCAACGGAAGCUGCAGCUUAUGCAGCAGCAAUAACUGCAUCAAAAAAUGAAAAACAAGAAAUGUUAGAAAACUCUCCAACAAGAUCACCACGUAUUCGAAGUGCUGGAUCUCGGUUAACUACAACAACGACCUCAAUAAAAACUGCAAAUACAACACGACAAAAUUCGGAAAAAACAAAUGGCAGCAGCUGUAUUACCAGUGAUGAACAAGGAGGUACACACUUACAACGUAGUGCUAGCACAAUUAGUGGUUUAGGUGUACGUCCACGCAGUAGCCCUGCUGGUUUGCAUUCAUAUACAGGUACGGUAGGCUCUGUUCCAUCAUCCGUCCAUGGUUCUCGUGUUGAUUUACGUGAUAGCGAUAAAGGUUCAGCUAUUUAUUUAGGCUGUACAGCACCACGCAAUUCUACACUUUCAUUGUCAUCUCGCGGUUCAUCUGGCAGCUCUGCACCUCCGUCUCCUGCUCGCACUCCACCAGUUAGUCCUAGAUCUGGUGUUAGAAGAUCGACAAGUUUAGUUAAGAAGCAAAGAUGAAACGAUUGGAUACGGAGCUGUGCGUAAAUGAUUAAUGCAUUUUCUUAAUUUCACAUUGAAAUUGAACGAUUUUUCAUUUUAAUUGAAAAUCCAUGUUGGAAAAACUUUGUCUGUUGUUUUUUUUUGUUGUUUUGAAUAGUCGCGAAUGAC